AUGCUUUUGUUUCGCAUGACGUCUGUGUUUGCCGGACUUGGGGUCGGCGAAGUCCUCGGACUUCUGCCUGGCCCCGAGGCUGGCAAGCCCUAUGAGAGUUUUGCAGGACUUGGGGUCGGCGAAGUCCUCGGACUUCUGCCUGGCCCUGAGGCUGGCAAGUCAUUGGGUUUUGCCGGACUUGGGGUCGGCGAAGUCUUCGCACUUCUGCCUGGCCCCGAGGCUGGCAAGCCUUUGUGUUUUGCCGGACUUGGGGUCGGCGAAGUCUUCUUCGGACUUCUGCCUGGCUUCGAGGCUGGCAGACUUUGCUUGUGCUUUGCGGGACUUGUGGUCGGCGGGGUCUCCGGACCUCUGUCUGGCCCCCAGGCCGGCAAAGUUUGUCUUUGCUUAUUGUUUGGCAUGCCACGACACGCACGCAGCCUGGAGGCAGGGAGCUAG